UUCCUUAUUAUAUCGCCCAUUACAAAUUCCUGAAAUGUAACAAAUGCAUUUUACAAGGAGUGCUCACAAGAAGUUUUUCAGUUCAUUAUUACAGCAGCUAUACGUAUAAAGAGCAUGGACGUUACUUUUACAUUUUAAAAAAAAGUUGUCAGAAAAUUAAAUUUGUUUAAAGUUGUAUAAACUGUUGAGAAUAAUAAGAAUUAGAAACCACAAUAUUUGAUUUUGUUGGACAUCGAGUUAUAACCAAUAAAAAGGUCUUCGAAAUAAUAUGUAAAAGCAGGAGAUGUUUCAUAUUUGACAAUAUUUUCAACGUUAAAUUCAAAGCUAAUAUCCAAGUAGAAAGAAGAAAAAUUGGGAAAAAGGCAAGUAGAGACAAUGAAACGUCAUAAUAUGAUAAGGUCGACAAGGACAGCAGUUGUGAUCUUUGUCGGGUUCAUGUCUUGCAUACAAGCUCAGCAAAAAACCGUUCAACCUAUAGCUACAAAAGACGAUUGUAUUUGUAAAGUUGAUGACCCAGUUUGCUCAUGUACGCUUGUUAUUGAAUAUAAACUGACAAUGAUACUGGAAAAAGAAAGCAAGUGGCAUCUUGUGUAUCCUGACAAUGGCAUUCUGCGGUUGCGUGGCAAAGCAAACAAUAAUUCUGUGCUGACUUCUGAUCAGAUGUCACGGGUAAUCACGGCAGACGGACAGACUUCACGUGUGGUUAUUGCUAUAAAUGGAAGAUUUCCGGGCCCAAGGAUAGAGGUUUGGGAGCAUCAGACGUUGAAUAUUACCAUUGUUAAUACACUCUACACUGAAAGCGUGAGCGUUCACGCUCAUGGAUUACAUCAGAAGGGGACGCCAUGGAUGGAUGGCGUUGCAUUUGUGACACAGUGUCCAGUGUUGCCAGGGCAGACGUUUAUGCAUGUCUUCAAAGCUUAUCCGCCAGGAACAUUCUUUUACCACGCACAUAUUGGAGACCAAAGAAGCAUGGGACUUUAUGGUCCUUUAAUAGUUCGUCCAACGAAGAAUCGUAUCAUUGAAGACAAUGAAAUUAUUAUAUCACUUCAGGACUGGAAUAAUCUCAUGAACGCUGAAACAUCAUAUCAAAGAGAGAUAACUGAACAAUUUGACUUUGAAACUAAUGAGAAGAUAGAUCAAACUUACUCUGUUGACAGAGCAAAAUUUGGCCGCUUUGCUUUUCAGUCUGGCCUUGUAAAUGGAAAAGGUCGAUUCUGGAAUACAUCAAAUACAAAUAACGGAGCCCCUCUGGAACGUUUUAAAAUUCGGUUUGGUACUCGCUACAGAUUUAGAAUAAUAGGAGCAAUGUUCAUGUACCCAAUGCGAGUUUUCAUAUAUGGGCAACGGCUCACACUACGUUCUUCAGACGCAUACAACGUUGACCAGUUAGAUGUACAGUCAAUUAUAGUACACCCGGGUGAAAGAUACGAUUUUUACUGGCAAGCACCUGAGGCAAAUGAAGUCACUUCUAAAGAAUUGCUGCUUGUUGCCGAAACAAUAGAAACACCAGAGAGUCUUGGUUUCUCCAAAUACCAUGCAGCCGAAGCGGUUCUGGAAUUUGAAGAAUUUGAAGGUCCAUCACCUCCUCUAAAUCCUCUCAAUUCUAGAGAGGAAACAUGUACGAGUGCAUUGAAAUGUCCCACAUUCAACUGCCCUUACAAAUAUUAUCCGCCGGAUGAGCACAGAGGAUGUAUUACAUUUGAUGAGGUCAACAACAUUGACCCAAAUCAAAAUUACAAUGAAGUUUUAGGUAAUAAAGUGGAUGAGGAGUACUUUUACAACUUUGCUUUUCCCGGACCCGAAGGAAAUAGGCCGGGUUCGGUAAAUGGCCGAAGAUUUAUUAUGCCGACUGUCUCCCUUCUUACACAGGCAGAUGAACUGACCACUCAAUGCAAUGAAAGUUGUGAAAUAGAUGGUGUAUGUAAGUGUACAUAUAUUCAGAAACUUCCGUCAAAUAAACUUGUUCAAUUCGUUUUACUCGUUUUAGGGAGCGGUGCGGGGGCAUCGCAUCCUAUCCAUUUACACGGCCACUCGUUUUAUGUAAUGAAAAUGGGUUUCGGCACCUAUGAUCCGAAUACCGCAAAUCUUACGAAUAAAUCUGAAGACAUUACCUGUACAGACAAGAACAACUACUGUAGUUCUGCAUCCUGGACGAAUGCCAGCUGGGCAGGUGGUAAUGUUCCUGGUUUGAAUCCUCGCCCACCGCAGAAAGAUACUGUAAUCGUUCCAGCAGGAGGAUAUGUGGUGAUCAGAUUCCGUACGGAUAAUCCUGGAAUAUGGACUUUUCAUUGCCACAUUGACUUGCACAAUACACAUGGUAUGGCAAUGGUUAUUGACGAAGGAGAAAUAAAGCCAAGCCCGCCUGUAGGAUUCCCGACUUGUAGAAAUUUUAUUUACAACGGUGAAGGUGCACAUGUAAGUGGAGCUACGAGAAACGUCAACCCAAUACUCAUCCUGACCCUGAUUGCAGUUAUUUUAGUGAUCAAGAUUUUCAAAUAACAAUGUGUUAAUAAACUAAAUAAAUACAAUUAUGAAACUGAAGUAUUAAAAGACAUAUAGUUGAAACUCUACUUUUAACAUUUAUACUAAAGCAACGUGAUUAAAUGGCGGUGAAAAACUGAAAACGUUUAAGAAGACGAAAACAAUAAUUUUGUGAUGAAAAUAAGAAAUAUGAGCCGCGCCAUGAGAAAACCAACAUAGUGGCUUUGCGACCAACAUGGAUCCAGACCAGCCUGCGCAUCCGCGCAGUCUGGUCAGGAUCCAUGCUGUUCGCUUUCAACGCCUAUUGGAAUUAGAGAAACUGUUAGCGAACAGCAUGGAUCCUGACCAGACUGCGCGGGUGCGCAGGCUGGUCUGGAUCCAUGCUGGCCGCAAAGCCACUAUGUUGGUUUUCCCAUGGCACGGCUGAUAUAUUGACCAAGCUAACCCCCUUGUAUAUCUUGGAGACAGAAAAAAAAUACUUAUAAAAUAGAAAUGCAAUGGCCAAGUUAAACCAACUUGUACUAUCUGGAGGGACAUGAAUAGUUAUUUGUUGAUGUAGAGGUACAAUGUAUUGGUAAAAACUUCUUAUAAUAUGUUUCAGACACGAUGAUACAUCUCUUUUUGCACCUUACAUAUUUGGCAGAGCAAACUUGGUUAAAUCCAUUAGCCUUAUUUAUACCACUAAAAGCUACGGUGUCGUUAUCUGAUGUGUUUAAAGUGUUUAUAGUUUAUAGUCUAGUGAAAUAUAUGUUUGGUAAUGAUGAAGAUCGUUUACGCAAAGAUAUAUCAUAGAUGACAGUUUUGGAACACAGCUCAUUGCACAAAGUGAUAAUUUGAGAUUAACAAAAAAUACACUUCAUGAAACGAUAAUAACCAAGUUAACACCAUUUAUCAAGACAGACUUUAAAAACAACUGCCCGUUAAGAUAAAAUUUAACAAAAAAUGGAUAGCAGAAAGUACAGGCACACGAACAGGAAAAAUGCAUGCUUAGUAGAUAAUGCAGUCCGAUGUUAAACACUUUCACAUUAAAAGGGUUUCCCUGUAAUGAGAUCUGUUCCAAAAUUAGUCUCUUAUGAUGCCGGAUGUUUUUUGGUUAUCUACCAUAAAAAAAAGAACAUUGUUGAAAUAUUUUUUAAAGAUAAUUUAAUUCCGCUGCAAUAUCUAGCGUGUAUGUAAGCGGCAAAAACAAAAUGUAAAGUUUUGCUUUCAUAUUUUACCACAUAGCAGUGAAUAUUCAUUAUCUACACAUCUGUAUCUUUAUUAUGAAUUAAGGCACCGCCUAGAAUGGGGAUUUAUCGUUAAUAUGAGUUUCAGUCGGUAUAUAAUUAACUGACUCAGUCAUACACUUUACGACGUAUACUCAGAUAUCUUGCAUCAAAAAGAAAAUAUGUGUUUAAGAGAGUUUGCAUUAGGACUUGCACAUAAUUCAAAGUCUUUAAGUGAAUUUUAUCUCAAAUUGUACACUUUAUUGUUUGAGGUAGCCAUCAAUUCAACUAUAUAACUCGGUGUCACAUAAACUGGAACCGCCGUGUGGUCUUAUUGUCUGUCAAAAAUUGGUUACUUGUAAAGUGUUUUAUAAAGCUCAGAUGACGGAGAUCUUUGUGGCUUCUGUGGAAAGAUUUUUUUUGGUUAUCUAAAACACUAUUUAUCUUCUAAAGUUUCUUUUUAUAAAUAUAUUGCAUCGUUUAUAGAUGUAACUACAUUUUAUAUUCAUUUAAAAAAGAUCUUAAAAAAGUAACGAAAAUGUUUGCUACAAAUGCUUGAAAGAGCAACAAUUUGAAAUUUAAAUUACGAAAAUGUGCCUAAAAAGUCAUUAUUUUGUUUGCACUGUAUUGGCUAUAUUUCAGUAAAAAAAAAAUCCAGUUAUUAUGUUUAAAUAUAUUUUGUUGUGAACAUAUCAAUAUCUGAUUCCUUAUCUAAAAAUGUUAAAGACGCACGUGUUAUUGACGUACGUGGUACAUUUUUGAGUUAUAAUACUGCACCGUAUUGUCAUAUCUAACCUGUGUAUAUGUAUUUGUAUAUUUAAACUACAUUUUGGUUGACUAAAUGUUUAAUGAUUUACUUUUUGAUUGUUCUCUCCGUAGUUAUACAGCAUGUUACAUAUUUUCAUAAUUUGUCUGACUUUCUAUGUAGAGAUUGCUGCCACAUUUACACAUGUUUAGUACAAAUGUAAUGGUACUUCAUUCUUCUGAUUUAUCAAAUGUUUACUGGUUUUUGUGUUAUUCCUUUUCACAUUAUAUUAAUUUAGUUUGAGGUUCUAAUUCUUUGUUUGGAUCUACUUUAUUCAUAACUUGUUUUGAAUAACUUGUUUCAGUGUUGUUAUAUUUUCUGGUCCUUUGGGAUCAUGGAGUCCACUCAACAUAUGUGUAAUAGAGUUCCGCUUAAGCCGGUGCUAGGGGGCGAGAGAGGUGUUGCACAUUUCAUUACCUCUCAUGAACAGACUCAAUCAUACCAAGUCUGCUAUUAUUCUUUUUGGUUGCAUUUUUUGCUUCAAAAGGAUCUUUUUACAGAUUUUAUUAACUAUCACAACAGCAAUCUUUAAGUGCCGUGUGGCGGCUGUAAAAAGUCUCCCCUUACUUGGAUUCAGUGUUGUUAUAUUUUCUUGGUCCUUUGGCAACAUGGAGUCCAUUCAACAUAUGUGUGAUAGAGUUCCGCAUAAGCCGAUGCUAGGGGGCGUGAGAGGUGUUUCACAUUUCAUUACCUCAUGAACAGACUCAAUCAUACCGAGUCUGCUAUUAUUCUUUUUGGUUGCAUUCUUUGCUUCAAAAGGAUCUUUUACAGAUUUUAUUGAAUGUUAUCAGUUCUGUCUAUGAAUGAUUGUUUGAUAGAUUUACUUAUUAUUCUAAUAUCGCUAGAUUUUAUUGCCAAUUAAACAAGGAAUAAUUCAAGCUCUGUAUAUUCUGCGAUAAACAAUGGUUGAUGCGCGGUCAAAUUGCCGGAUGACGUCCAGUUCAUUACUAAUCGGGUAAAUGAAGCCCAUCAUAUUUUCAUCAAAAUAUUUCAGUGAACAUGUAAGAAUGAAAACAACCAAUGCCUUCUUGUCGACUAUCGUCUAAUUUAUACAGUGCAGAUUUCAGAUGCGCAGGAACUGAACCACCAGGGCGUCGAUCAAUUCCUGUGCAUCUGAACUCUGAACAGUGAUAAAUUAGACGACAAACCACUCGAAGGCCUUGAUUAUUUGUAAAAUAACUUAUAUCUUACACCAAAUGGUAUACAUACUUAUUUGUUUUAGCGUUUUUUCUCUUAUGUACUUCUAAGUUAUUUUACAUUAUUUCAUACACAUUUGUAAUUUUUGCAAGUGAAAUUUGUUCUAUUUUGCUGUUAUCAUAUUUUACAUAUUCCAUUUAAAAGGGAAUAAAGAUUCACAGUUGUUUGUGCUAAGAUACAUUUCAAAAUACUGUAACUAUGACACAUGCAUCUAACAUUAACACUUUUAUUAAAUGAUCCGGUCUGUA